AUGAACGAAAAGCAUUUUGAGUAUUUUAUAGACUGCCCAUUUGUGAAAUAUAUACCAACCGAUAUUGAAAAAUGUAAAGACUUGGGAGGACAUACCACUUGUCCAGCAAAAUUACUUAACAUGUCAAAGGGUGAUGGGUGCGUUGAAAUGAUCGGACCGGAUGGUGGGUAUCUCAUAACAUGCAUUGUAUCUUUGGGAAUUACUGCUGUUGGUUAUACCUAUUGCACUAUCUACGCAUUUGUGUUAUUUUUAAAAAAGGGUCUUGACUGUAGUGAAUUAAAUCAAAGUGACUAUGUGCCAGAUCACUGUGAAGAAAAUAACAAUGAACCAGAAGUAAAUAUGCAAGUGGAAAUGCAAAGACAAGAGUUACACGAUAAAAUGCAACAAAGCUCAGAAACCACUGAAUCUUCAAGUGUAUAA